GUCCUGAAAUGUCCUUUUUCACAUUCUUCACUCGAUGGAUAUGGAUGCUGUCUGGAGAGAGCCUUAUCCUAUUGCUUCUGGAGGCCCCCCUCAAAGGCACUGCCUUGCCUCCAAUACGGUACUCUCACGCUGGGAUAUGUCCAAAUGAUAUGAAUCCCAACCUCUGGGUUGACGCACAGAGCACCUGCAGGAGAGAAUGCGACACUGACCUGGUAAGUGAUGCACUUUUGUUUCUCCUCUUAAGUUUAAAUUUAAUUGCCUUCCUAAAUAUGAUAGCGGCUGGGUGUGUUGCUGCUUUGUUUACUAUAGCAGCGCACAUUAAUUGUUAACAGUCCUUUCAAAACUAAACCAAACCCUGGCCAGCAAGAGAGGGAUGUGUAAGGAGUUCACGUCCUGCAAAAGGCAUAGCCUCGCCUACUUGGUUGCUAGUUCAGAGAUCUGAUUAUCUGUUGGGCUGACAGCUCUCUAAUUCCAGGCCAAUUCCUGUGAAAGCUGAAGAUGGAAAUCAGUCCCGUUCUGUGGCAAAGUUAAUCGUGUGAAGACACAUGCUGAGCAAUGCACACACGAACAGACCCGGCCCCGCAGCAGGGAUCCGUUUUUGACAAUCACAACAGUGUCAAAAGCCAAUCUGUGCCAAGGCAGCACAUACCACAGGGCUUGCUGCAGGACUUUUCCCUUUGGCUGCCGUUCACUGUGUGUCCGUAUUCAUUGUGUCUUGCCUCGACAGGGGCAUUUCAAGAAUACUAGACACACACACACACACACACACGGGACUCCAUGGUAAUGCAUACAACAACCAUGCCAAUCCCACCUAUUUUUGAAGCCCACUUGCUUCUAAAGGCAGGACUUUAAAUUGCCUCCAUAGGCACGGCAUGGCCCUGACAGCACCUAUUUUAAAGCCCAGCAGUGGCAGAAGAAAUGACUCAGUAAAAAUGACAGCUUGGGCAGGACCUCCUGCAUAGCACUUCCAGAUCCAAAUGCAACUUGAGCUGGCAAGUAAGAAAAGGCUGCUCAUCCAGCGGCCAGCGCUGCCAGCUCAUUGUGGCAUCCAGGCACCCACCUGUGCUCUUUCUGCAUCACGUACCUGCCUGGAAUAAUAAGAGUGCAAUUGCCAUCACUGAGUUUGUGGUCUCUGUCAAAUGCCGCUCUGAAAAGAAUCCUUGCAGGAUGCUGUGAAGUUUGUAGUGUACCAAGAGCAGCGAAAGCUUUCUUGGCACUCACAUGCCAAAGAGGUAUUGUUGCAGUGCAGUCACCUUUGUGACCUAGUAAAAGCAGCACUCCUGAAUAAAGGAUACAUUUCAAUUUGUGGAUGCUCGCUUUUCGAAAGAGUGACUGAGCAACCUUUCCCCUCUUCCUUUUUGUUUUUGGUAAAGUAAAAACACGCUACAGCAUGAUGUGGCUCAGUUGGUUAUAGCAUGGUGCUGAUAACGCCAAGGUUGCAGGUUUGAUCCUCGUAUGGGACAGCUGCAUAUUCCUGCAUUGCAGGGGGUUGGACCAGGUGACUCUAUGACUCUACAGUGGUACCUCGGGUUACAUACGCUUCAGGUUACAGACUCCGCUAACCCAGAAAUAGUGCUUCAGGUUAAGAACUUUGCUUCAGGAUGAGAACAGAAAUCAUGCUCCAGCGGCGCGGCAGCAGCAGGAGGCCCCAUUGGUUAAAGUGGUGCUUCAGGUUAAGAACAGUUUCAGGUUAAGUACGGACCUCCGGAACAAAUUAAGUACUUAAUGUGAGGUACCACUGUAUAUGCACCUUAGUUGCCUUUUUCCCCCCAAGGCGGAAAGUAACAUGGCAGUUCUCAUACAGCUUCUGUCAAACAGAUACAUUCACUCCAGUGGCACUGAUGCAAGAAGAAACACAUUGCAGAAACUCCUAAAUCAUUUGGAAGUUUAACAGACCCCCAAGAGUCACUGAAUUUCCAUGCUAUUCAUGUUUCCAGAGUAUCUGGUUACAAAGGACAGUUCUGGUGACAAGCAGUGUCUCCCAUCCCAGAUUCCAAGCUGAGAACCUGAGAGGAGAUAUGACUGAAAUGCUUUAGAACACAAAAAAUAUUCUGCUGAUUAAAUUGUACCACUUACGAAAUCAAGAGGUUGUGGUUACGAUCAAAGUAGAUUACCAGGCCAAUUUCUUCAUUGAUUCUUAAGCGAUUGCUUGGAAUAGGAAGAUUUUUAGGGUACAGAUGAAGCAGCGUGAGAUUCAAGAGCUGUACCCAAGAAUCACCUGUGCUUGAUGAGGGCCCUGUCAUGCAAUGCGCCUCUCAAAUCACGCAGUCAGCUAAAUGUCUAACUAAGGCGUAUCCUACUUUCCAUCAGCUACCCACAAGACACAAGGAAAACAAUUGUCAAUGAUUCUCCCGAAGGCUUUGCAAAGUGUUUCAAAGAGUUUACUGGCCCCAAACUAAAUAAUCAAAAACCUCCUCACUAUAAAUAAAUUUGAAUGUGCCAUCUGCAGACUUCCAUAUAGACCCUGUCCCUCAGCCCAAUUAAAACACUGUCAAUAUAUUACAUGGUGCACAUGCACAAGCCACUUUUCAUACUACCUGAAGUUCCAGUGGAAUUUAGAGAGCUGGGGCAUAAACCCAGCCCCCAAAACAAUAUGCAAUUCCAGUUAAAAGAAAGAAACAGAAAGAUUGCAAUGGAUUUGUGUGCCGCCACUGAAUUCAAUGGGAUUCAUUUGUGCCUUUCUUGUGCACAAUGGGACAGUCUGCCUUGGGGUCUCUUCCAAAUCCACAAUUCUAUGAACAUUCUAAGCACCAAUAUUCUGCAUCAGUUGUAGUUCUUGAACGCUCUUCAAAGGCAGCCCACCUACAGAAUCACAGAGCUGGAAGGCCGUAUGGACAUCCUGUAGUCCAACUUAAUGCUCAGUGCAGAAGUUACAAUACAGGAUGCAUCUAAAGCAUCCCUGAGAGAUAACCAUGCAACCUUUUUUCCUUUUCUUUUUAAUGAUAAUAAUAAACACUCCAGAGGCAGACUGUCCCACUGUCAAGAACAGGCUGAACUCUUAUUGCCAAAUUGGCUUUUCUAUUGGCCAAAGCCCCGAAGCCUCUCCGUCUUGUCUCAGCUCUUUAGCUCUCUUGCAGCUCAUCACAAUCCCAUAAACAGAUUGCAGAUUUCCAUUGCUUCCCUGGCAUCAGAUGGAAAGGAGAGAGAGGGCGCAGUGUCAUCCUCAUAUUUAACUCCAAAUCCCUGGAUGAUUCCAGCUGCCAUGCUAAACAGCAUGGAGGCGACAAGGGGAAAGCUGUGCCUUCCUGUAAGCCAGGGGUGUGGCUCUGCUUUUCACCACCCUUGAGUGUUUUUACCAGGCUAAAAUGCAUAAUGCUUCUUGUUACUAAUGACAUUUCCCAAAAAAUUAAAUGUCAGGUGCUGAAGAGAGGGGAUGGGCUGAUAGUCAUUUGCCCUGCAGCAUAUGGGGAGGUCUAAGUCAUCCCUCUUUGCUGUGGUCUCAGUAAAAUUCAUCCCCCACCCCGAAAUGGCAAUUGACAUUUGAGCAGGAACCUCCCAAUUUACGGCUCUGAGGACAAACUCUCCACACUUAACACCCUAUCAGAUGAGCCUAAACCCAACAAUAUAACUGACUGAUAAUCUCAAUCGGUUCAGGACCUUUCUAUUCUCCAACAGGAGCCUUGGAGCUAGAACAAUAAGAGGCCACUCACGGAUGUUCAUGAAUGACAGGCCAGAAAGCUGUCAUGACUCAGCCAGAGUGGAACAUAUGUGGUUGGCUUGCAGGAAGUUCUGGAAACAUCCCCUCAAGAAGCAAACCACUUUGUUCAAGUGGCUAAAGCAACCCUCGAUCUAGAUUACAUCAUGAAAAGAAGGUUUGAGGAAUAACUAGGGCUUACAAGGCCAUAGCUCUGUGUAGGUCCUGUAGGACAAAGAAGAAUUUUUGUAAGAUGCACUCAGGCCAUGAUCCUUUGCAUGGGAGUAAAUCCCUCUGUUCACAACAAGACUCAAAGUGAGACAUGCAAAGGGUUGCGCCGGUGUGAAGAAGUGAGCAAUGCCAAGAUGGAAGUGGGAGUGCAAGAAGAGACACCACAACAGAAUCCCCACUCCAGAUGGCCUAGUGAAAAAUAAUUCCUCAAUCCCUGGUGACAGCUAUAAGUAGUCCCAGAACAUAGAAGUACAGCCACUGGGAUUUCCCAAGAGAUUUUUUUAAAAAAACAGCACAAGCCUAUCUAUGUUUACUCUAAAGUAAGUUCUACUAGGAGGGUUAGAAACUUACUUUAUAAAUAGUUAAGAGUCUGGGGGCCCUGCUGGCUGUGGGCUGAGAUUCUGGGGAACGUGAUAUUUUGAAAUAUCAAAAUAUCCUUUCAAAAUGCCUAAUAUUAGGUGUUCCUAAUACUCUACAAAUUUGACAUCUCUCUUAAGAAGCAGUAUAAUCUACUUGGGGAUUCCGAUUAAUUUACAAAGAUUUUGUCACCAUGGUCUUAUUUUUUCUUUGUCUUAGGAAUGCGAGACCUUUGAGAAGUGCUGCCCUAAUGUCUGCGGAACAAGGAGCUGCGUUGCAGCUCGGUACAUGGAUGUGAGAGGGAAGAAAGGACCUGUUGGGAUGCCAAAAGAGGCAACGUGUGACCGUUUCAUGUGCAUUCAGCAAGGUUCAGAGUGCGACAUCUGGGAUGGGCAGCCUGUUUGCAAAUGCAAAGACAGGUGUGAAAAAGAGCCGAGUUUUACUUGCGCAUCUGAUGGCCUCACCUAUUACAACAAAUGCUACAUGGAUGCAGAAGCAUGUACCAAAAGCAUUACACUCAACGUGGUGACUUGUCGCUACCACCUUACAUGGCCAAACACCAGCCCUAUCCCGCCGGAGACCACAGCUCGCCCCACUACUGCCUACUUAGAGACAACCAUCACUGACAUCCUUCCACCUGUACUAGUCAACAACCCAGCCCAUCAGUCUGUCUACGUAGGUGAGACUGUUAGCUUUCUUUGCGAUGUCACUGGACGACCCAAGCCAGAAAUCACUUGGGAGAAGCAGACCGAGAGUAAUGAGAAAAUCAUCAUGAGGCCCAACCACGUCCGAGGGAACAUCGUGGUCACAAACAUUGCUCAGCUGGUCAUCUACAACACCCAACUACAAGAUGCAGGCAUGUACACUUGCACUGCCAAAAACCUUGGUGGGAUUCUCAAGGCAGAUUUCCCACUGUCGGUCCUCAAAGGAGAAGCUACGUCAAUGGAAGAAGCCCAGAACAAAACCCACUUUCCAACGGACGAGUGUCUGAAGCAGCCGGACAGUGAAGACUGCGGGGAGGAGCAAACCCGAUGGUACUACGACGCCAAGAAAAACAACUGCUUCACUUUCAUCUACGGAAACUGCAACAGCAACCUGAACCACUUUGAGACCUAUGAAAACUGCAUGCUGACUUGCAUGAAUGGGCCGAUCAACAUCUGCAACUUGCCAGCCCUCCAAGGCCUCUGCAAAGCCUACGAGCCCCGGUGGGCGUACAACAGCUUGACGAAACAAUGCCAGUCUUUCAUAUACGGAGGCUGCGGAGGCAACGAGAAUAACUUUGAGAGCAGAGAGGCCUGCGAAGAGAUGUGCCCUUUCCCUAGGAACAUGCACUGCAAAGCCUGCAAGGCUUGCAAACCGCGCCAAAAGCUGGUGACGAGUUUCUGCAAAAGCGAUUUUGUUAUUCUUGGCCGCGUCACCGAACUGACGGAGGACCAGGACUCGGGACACGCGCUGGUGACCGUGGAGGAGAUUUUAAAGGACGAGAAAAUGGGGCUGAAAUUCUUGGGGAGGGAGCCUCUGGAAAUCACCCUUUUAAACAUGAACUGGAGCUGCCCGUGCCCCAACAUAACUGCAGCGGGUGGUCAGCUCAUCAUCAUGGGCGACGUCCACAACGGAAUGGCUGUUUUGCAGCCAGACAGCUUUGUGGGGGCCUCCAGCAUCCGGCGCGUUCGGAAGCUUCGUGAGGUCAUCCACAAGAAAACCUGUGAGCUAUUAAAAGAGUUCUCAGGACUGCACUAAUAUCCUGCUUGUAUCUUGUCAGCUUUCCAGAUUCCUGUAUUAUAUAGUGCUAACAAAAAAGGUAGGCUAGCCUGGAAACUUUUUUUUUUUAAAGAAAAUAUCUCUGCUGAUUGAUGUUAUGUAUUACACAGAAGCUGUAUAUUAAUUCAUUAAUCAUGUGUAGUAAUGAGGCAGUAGCCUUUUGGAGGGGAGGCAAGCACUUAAAAUAGCAGCAAACCGCUAUUAGCAGAUUUGAAAAUGUAUCUGCCUGGAAACGACCCCAGCAAUUAUCGCACAAUACCAACGCAGCUUUAACCGCGAAAGACCAAAUCUGUAGCAUUCUGUUUGGUUCAGACCUAAAUCAACCUAACGAUCAUUGUUCUCGUUUGGAGUACGGAG